ACGGGCUCUUCCAUUUCUCUUUCGCUCUUUCUCUCUAACAGCACCGCAAUAUCUAUCGCCGAUUCAAAACCCUAGAAUUCCGAUAACCGAACGGCCGAUUUCCGAGCUCCAUUGAUAUCAGCCUCGACAUUUAGUUUAUAGAGCUUAUGCAUGGAAGUAGUUCAUCAAUGCUAAUGGUCCAUUCUUACAUCGGAUCACCUUUUCAUCUGAAGAGUUUCAAGACAGACAGCUCAAAAUAGUUAUCCAAAGUGACUAUGUAUAUGUUCUGAGUAGUACAUUGAUUGUAAUGCCAAGUAUUAGAAGAUUCAGUUGCAAAAUUUUACAGUCAGAGGUUGUGGAGAAUCAUCUAUGCCUGGCAAUGAAUUUGGAGAUAGUGUUCACAAUUUUUUUGCACAAGACAGCUUGUCACAAGUACAACACAAUUCUCCGGUAGCAGACAUCAACUGGCCAACUUCAAGGGGCAAUAUGUGGGCUGGAAGUCAGAGACAAAUAGGUGUGCUGAGUUCCAACACAAAAAAUUACAAUUUGCAGAACUCUGACGCUGGGAGAGGAAUAAUCAGUUAUCCAUUCAAUGGGCAGCAUGGUUUAAAUUUUACACAGCCAAUUCCGAGGCCCGAGUUUGGUAAAAGUCAGUCACAGAGCCAGCAGCCAAAUUUGAAUGGCUACAUGUAUGGUAAUCAGUUUUACCAGACAAGGCAGGAUGAAACAAACUUUCCUUCUGUGGAUACUAGUUCUGAUCAACGUAAUAUAGCCUCAGGAGGUUCAUCCAUUUUUGAGUCACAGCAAUGGUUGGGUCCUGAGCAGCAGACAGGAGUAUCUGUUAGAUCAGAACCUUCGGAUAGUCCUAUCAGUGGCAAUCUUUUUGGUGGUCAGCAAAUCUCUCAUCAGCAAUCAAACAUGCUGCAUUCUUUGCAGCGCCAGCAGUCUGGGAUUAACGACAUGCAGCAAUUUCAACAGCAGGUUAUGUUCAUGAAGAUGCAGCAAGAACUUCAGAGACAACAACAAAUUCAACUGGAAGCAAGGCAACAAAAUACGUUGAAUCAAGUUUCUACCUGUCCUAAGGUAGCAUCUGAUGUCCAUUCCUCUGCAUUAGUUAAUGGCACUGCGAACUCUGGUGCAUUAAAUCAAUCCUGGGCAAAUGAGCUUGGCAACACAAACUGGUCACAGCGUGGUUCUCUAGUACUUCAAGGGUCCUCCAGUGGACUCAUUCCCACCAAUAAUGGCCAAGCACAACACUUAAUGGGUUUGAUUCCUCAACAGAUUGAUCAAUCUCUAUAUGGAUUUCCUGUUUCUAGUUCAAGACCAUCUCUAAACCAAUUUUCACAAGGGGUGACAGAUAAGCAACCAGUGCAGCAAAUGCCAACUUUUAAUAGUUCAUUUCCAGUUAAUCAAUAUACUCCAUUAGCAGAUCAUGUCAGUGGACAGGACGGGAUUUUCCUCUCUAGACAGAGACUCCAAGUUGAUAAUGUAUUUGGAGAUGCUCCAAGCCAUGCUCUAUCUAGUCCAAUGGAUGUGGAAAACCUUCAGCAAGUUGAUAGCAUGCAAAAUGCAUCAGCUCUACACGAAUUUCGUGGCAGUUUGGAUAUAGCUGUUUCUCCAGAAACCGCACAAGAGGAAGCAGCAAAGGGAGCUUCUCCCUCACAGAAUGAAGUUGGAUUAGAUCCUACAGAAGAACGAAUUUUAUUUGGUUCAGAUGAUAACAUAUGGGCCGCCUUUGGCAAGAGCCCUAUGAGUGGUGAAGGUGGUAAUCCUUUUGAUGGUGCUGAAUUGCUUGAUGGAACUCCAUCUAUCCAAGGUGGUACUUGGAGUGCUCUCAUGCAGUCUGCUGUUGCAGAAACUUCUAGCAGUGAUGUUGGUCUACCGGAGCAGUGGACUGGUUUAAAUAUUCAUGGUACUGAAAUUCCUUCCGGGAGUCCCAACUUGACAUACAACAGUGAGAGUCAUAAAGCAACUUAUGCUGAAGACAACUUGCCCCAAACCUCAUCGUUGAAUUCUGUUUCUGUUCAUUCCUCUGGUAGCCCCAAUAUGAGAAAUAGCUAUCACAAUGUUCAGGGACAGAGGUUUCCCUUUGAGCCAGGCAAGAGUCUGCAAUCAGAUUCUUCUCAGAGACUUGCACAGUCAUCAGACGAAAAUAAGUGGUCUAAGUUAGGUCAAUCACAAAUGUUGGGUGCUGAAGGUUGCCAGAUGGUUGAGAAGACUUCAAAUCUUGACAGGGAAAUGACUUCAAAACAUAUUUCUAGUAAUUUGGCACCCGAAUUUGGUGGAGCUACGGAACAAUACCAUAAAUCAGCUGGUUGGAGUGUUCUUGAAUCAGCAAUACCCUCUGGAGAUGCAGUAGAUUACAAUCAGAAGUUCAUUCAGGGUGAAAUUGUUUGUAGGGGUGCAGGAUGGAAUUCUAAUCCUGGCAGUAAUACUACAGUUACUAUGGCGCCCACCGAAUCAUCUGUGGGUAGUCCCCAGGCAAAUUCUGAGGUCUUUGGCUUGCAUAAUUCUGCUGCAAUACCUAACUCAAGUACCAUGACGAGUGGCAAGGAAACCAGUCAGUUCUUCAAAAAUAAUCAUCAAUCUAGUUAUUGGAAGAACGCUGAUCAGUUUGUAAAAUCUAGUGUUAACAAAGGGGAGGUCUUACAGCAUCAUGUUUCUGAGGACAACCAGCUUUUGCACUCAUCUCGGGAUAUUGACGACAAAGAGGGUAAAAUGCAUGAGAUGGAGAACAGCGAUAAACAGGAGAACUCAAAUGACAGCCAUCGCUCUAACUUAUCCCCUCAUUCUUCUACUGGUGAUGUUAGGGAAAAUGUAAUGUCAGAUGCUAGGGAUUCAAGGUUUUUGCCUACUGGGAAGCACAAGUUGUCUAAUGAGGUUGGCCGGAGAAAUUCGUGGGCUAACAAGUUUCAGCAUCAUCCUAUAGGAAACGUCGAUAAGGAUGUGGCCCACUAUGGACAGUCUCCGUUGGCUCAGGUUCCUAAUAUUGAGACCGAUUUGGCAAAGGUGCGUGCAUCUGAUGAGCUGACUGACAGAAAAGGCUAUGGGGUGCACUCUGGUGGUGGCUUUCCUGGCGGUGCAUCCAAUAUGUCUACACUGAUAAAUAGAUCUAUCGGGCUUCCUCCAAAUACGGCUCCAAAAUCUAGCCCAGACAUGCUACAACUUCUUCAGAAGAUGGACCCAUCGAGAGAGCGUGGUUCUACGGCUCACUUCAACAGUUAUGAACAUAAAGCAUCGUCUGAUGUUCCUGAAGCCGAAAAUUCGGAUGGAUCUGCUGGACACCUCUGGCGAGGUCAGUCUUCUGCCUCUCAAGGUUUUGGUCUUCAACUUGGCCCUCCAUCACAGCAGAUCUCAGUCCAAACCCAUCUCUUGUCAUCUCAAGGCCCUAAUGAAGCAGUUAAGUCUUCACAUGCAAACCAUUCUGUUGCCGAGGUUAGAGAGAAAAGUCGGGGUCAGAUGCUCCGUCCCCAUCAGACUCAACCCUCGCCUUCCCCUUCUGAUCUCUUACAGCAAGAGUCGCAGCGUAACACUUCUACAAUUAAAGAAACUGAUACGCAUACCAUGUCUGGGAACUUCUCUUCAGCAUUCGAAUCAGCUUCUGGUCAUACCUACUUGAGAAAUCCGAUUCAAAAUCCCCACAUGGUUAGGGCUAGUGGGGAAGAUUCAACCAAUCAGUCGAUUGGUGUAUCUUUUGAUGAACAUGCUUCCCAUUCAACAGAAAGAGGAGAUUGUGGCAGAGGACCAUUGUCUGACGGGGCUGGCAAUAUACCGUAUAGCCCUGCGCUCUCUACAGGAAAGUCUCAGUUAAGUAGUGCCAAUGGACCCCAUGGAAGCGUCUCCAUUAAUCGACCUUCAUCCAAGGAGCCAGUGCCAGCUUCCCCAUCUUUUUUAAUGCCUGGGAUAUCUCUGCAGGAUUCAUCUUCCAAGAAGUUAACUAAUAUGCGGACCAACUUUCCACCACCACCGCACCUUUUUAGUAGUCAGUAUAGCAAGGAUGCUUCUCAUAUUUCCCAGCUGAAUCAGACGAAUAUUACGGAGUCAUCAUUAUCUGCUCCAGAGAGGCAAGGUGAUCCAGAUGCCAAUAAAGGAGGGACUUUCAUGUCUCAGCUUGGUAGUGGUUCAGGGAAUCCUCUGCAUUCUGUCGAGGGGGAAGAACUGGGAGAAAAGGAGAACAUUUCUGAGCCAGUACCUACGGUAAAUGUGAACUUAGUGCAGGAGAUGGAUGAUUCACAGGGUAGAGAAUCUAUUGUCAAGAAUCUCCAUGAAUCUACCUCUAUGCAGAGAGAUAUUGAAGCCUUUGGCCGAUCACUGAAACCAAAUAGCUUUCCUAAUCAAAGUUAUUCCUUACUAAACCAAAUGUGGACCAUGAAAAACAUGGAGACUGACCCAAGCAAGAUGAACUUUAAAAGAAUGAUGGUACCAGACAGCAGUGCAGCUACUCAGCAAGUUCCGUCUGCUGAUUCUAGAAUGCUAAAUUAUGCUGGGCCAGAUGAUUUGCAGGGAAGUUUAUCAUUUCAACAUGGAGGAAGGGUGACUCCUCACGAUGUUGCAUUUAGACAGGAUGAAUCUCAGAUUGGCUCUCAUAACAGCAAUACUAGUUCUAUUAUGCCUGAGCAAACUCAGAUUAGUCCACAUAUGGCACCAUCAUGGUUCGAUCAGUGUGGAAGCUUCAAAAACGGGCAGAUGUUACAGAUGUAUGAUGUACACAGAGCUGCUGCCAUGAAGACAGCAGAGCAACCUUUCACUCCUGCGAAGUAUACCAGUGGUUUGUAUGCUUUUAACUCUAUUCAGCAUGUAAUCCAUGCAACUGCUGAUAAAAGUCAAAUUGGUAAUUUUGGGCAAAGAUCAGUCGCCAACUCUGCUGGAACUGAACAUUUUUCUUCUCUUCAAGUGUUGUCCAUGAGUGUUGAUCAGAAGAAUCCAAUCAUGAAGCCCAAAAAGCGGAAACGGUCUACAUAUGAAUUCACUCCUUGGUACAAAGAAAUUUCUCUGGAUUUAUGGAGCGAUCAGACAAUCAGCCUAUCGGAUAUAGAGUGGGCCAAAGCAGUUAAUAGGCUUACUGAAAAGGUUAAAGAAAUUGAUUCUUUUGAUGAUGGGCCACCAAGGCUUAAGGCUAGAAGAAGGCUUAUGUUGACCACUCAGCUUAUGCAGCAACUAUUUUAUCCUCCGCCCGCAGCAAUUCUAUUUGCUGAUGCUAAAUCGGAGUAUGAGAGUGUGGCUUACUCCAUUUCCAGAUUGGCAUUGGGGGAUGCAUGCAGCAUGGUCUCUUGCUUGAACGCUGAUACCAAUAUGCCUCAUGAUGGCAAAGAACAUCUUCCUGACAAGUGCAAGGCAUCUGAGAGAAAUGAUAGACAUCACUUCGGCAGAGCUAUGGAUGAGUUGAUGGGAAAAGCUAGGAAGUUAGAAAGUAACUUUGUGAGCUCUGAUUGUGCUGCCACUAUAUGGUGCAGUUUGGACAAGAGAGCGUCUCUAUUAGAUGUGAUAGUUGAAGGACAAGAGCUGGAGAAGUUCUCAGUCUUCUAUCGAUUUGCAAGGUUUCAUGGUCGGGGGCAAUCCGGUGGUGCUGAGUCAUCUUCAACAGAUGCUUCUGCACAUAGCCAUAAACCUUUUCUGCAAAGAUACGUAACUGCGUUCCCAAUGCCUCAAAAUCUCCCUGAUAGGGUACAAUGUCUUUCACUAUGAUCAUUGAUUUAGUUCAUAUUUUUUCCGCAUUCUCGUCAUCAAUCCACUAGCUCCACAUCCCUUGGAAGUUUUGUUGCUAAUUAUGUACUGGCACUAGCAGCAGCAGAAAUAGAGCCACAUAAAGAUGCCAUUGCAGAAAGAAAUGUCUCUAAAUUGCUACCUCGAAUGCAAUAUAGGCAGUUCAAUUUUUGCAUGUAGGCCAAUUAUGUCGAUUGUCAAGAAAUGUUGUUCGUUCCCAUGUGUCUCUCUCCAUAGUUAGAGAUAGAGAGAUGUCCAUAUGUAGUUAGUUCAGUGUUGUGAAUGUAAUGAUAAUUGUUUAAGGUCAGGUUACAGUGUACUUGAAUUUCACAUCUUCUAGGUAAAUAUAUUAUGCCUAGGCUUUAUCGUAGUAGGUAAAUAUGAAUGUCAGCUUUGUGAAGUUGUUUCUGUUGCCUGUUUGUACCUUUUUGAUACUUGGAA